AUUGAAAAUGUAAAAACAACUCAGCUCACCGAAAAUAAUAUACUGCAAAUCCCCCAGUGUGGUCGAUUACAUUUGGGUUCCUUCCAAAUUGGACUCCAAGACUGAGAAUAAUAAAUUCUUAGACAAAACACAAACAAAAUCGCCAGCAUAAACUGCAGAUUGCAAGAAACUACUUUUUUAAGGAAGUGCACAAAAACACACAAACACGCACUGUGUGAGGUAGAUGGCGGAUGACUUACCCUGUUGUGAAACCAAGUUUUUUCUGUAUGUGUUGAUAAUCAUAGGACUGGUGACCUUUGCUGGGCUCAUGGCUGGUCUGACUCUUGGGCUUAUGUCUCUUGGUCUUGUAGACCUUGAGGUUCUCAGCAAAUCAGGGCGCGCUCAGGAUCGUAUUCAUGCCUCUAAAAUACUUCCAGUGGUGAAGAAUCAACAUCUUUUGCUAUGUACGCUCUUGAUUGGCAACUCUUUAGCGAUGGAGUCUCUUCCCAUAUUCUUGGACAAGCUCGUGCCUACAUGGGCAGCAAUCCUGAUAUCAGUCACACUCAUCCUCGUGUUUGGGGAGAUAUUGCCUCAAGCAAUCUGUACUCGGUAUGGAUUAACUGUUGGAGCAACAGUGGCACCCUUUGUCCAGCUUCUUCUUUGGGCAUUUUUCCCUAUUGCUUAUCCAAUUAGUAAGGUUCUGGAUUGGAUGCUGGGUAAGGGGCAUGCUGCCCUUUUGCGUAGAGCUGAACUGAAAACAUUUAUGGAUUUUCAUGGUAAUGAGGCUGGGAAGGGCGGGGAUUUGACUCAUGAUGAGACAACAAUAAUUGCUGGGGCUCUGGAAAUGACUGAGAAGACUGCUAAAGAUGCCAUGACCCCGAUAUUAAAGGCAUUUUCCAUUGAUUUAGAUGGAGCUCUUAAUUUGGAAACACUGAAUGCUAUAAUGACAAUGGGCCAUAGUAGGGUUCCAGUUUAUUAUAAAAAUCCAAAUAACAUUAUUGGAAUUAUACUGGUUAAAAAUCUGUUAGCUGUUGACCCUGAACAUUCAGUUCCUCUGAGGAAAAUGUUAUUAAGAAGAAUACCCUGGGUUCCGGAAAACAUGCCACUUUAUGAUAUUCUGAAUGAAUUUCAGAGGGGUCACAGUCACAUUGCUGUUGUAUAUAAGGAUCUGAACGAAACAAAACAAACGAUGCAGAAAACCAAAGAAGACAUUGACAACCUUGCGAUAAAAUUCAUCUCACAUGAUGCUGACACAACCUUAAGCAAGGCCGAUGCAAAGAAAAGCCCUCCAUCUACUCCUGCUUUCAAAAAGAAACAUAGAGGCUGCUCACAUUGCAUUUUAGAUUUUGAGAAUUCUCCAAUUCCUGAAUACCCACCCAAUCAUGAAGUUGUUGGUGUAAUUACCAUGGAGGAUGUUAUUGAGGAGCUUCUUCAGGAGGAGAUACUGGAUGAAACUGAUGAAUAUGUCAACAUACAUAACAGGAUAAAGAUAAACAUGAACACUUCUCAAGAAAAGGCUCUGGAGUCGAACUCCAUACAAUAUUCUUCUAUGCCUAGUCCCUCGACAGAUUCGGGUCUUCCCCUUGUUCAGUCAGUUACCAUGACUACCAGACAAUAGCCACUUAUACAGUUUUCCAAAGGGAGCUUGUGGAGAGGCUUUAUAGUAUUUUGACAAGCAGUAAGUUGGAAUGGUCAUAAAGAGAAGAUUCAGGUUUAGUUUUUAUUACGAGAAAACGUGAAAUUUAGUUUAGUUAAGAGUUCAUCAAAGAUGUACUAUGUUCUUGUUUGAAACUGGAUUUUCUAGCCGUUGGUCAAAUGGUGGAUACAAUUACUAGAACUACUGCCUUGAGAAGUAAGGCGACUUGGUAUACAUUUUGGAGAAACAGAGGAGUUGAUGUCAAUUUUCAUCAAUAAAAAUGGAGCCAAACGUGCUAGUCCCCAACCUUUGAUA